CAAUCAAACAAUUCUCUCCAACUUCCUCUGAUUUAAGUUUUUAACUAUCUGUAACUUACAAUGGAGCCCCAAAAGAAGCGUUGCUUUUACUUUCUUCUUACACUUACGAUCCUUCCAAUUUAUGCAUCGACAGCCCUGGGAGGCAAACGUGGUGGUGGUGUUCUUGUGGGUGGGUGGCAGCCGAUAAAGAACAUAACAGAGCCGCACGUGAAGGAGAUCGGAGAGUACGCGGUGGAGGAGUACAACAAGGAGUCUAAGUCUCAGUUGAAAUUCGUGAGCGUCGUGAAGGGCGAGACCCAGGUGGUGGCCGGAACUAAUUACCGCCUUAUCUUGGCCACUAAGGACGGUGCCCUAGCCAAAAACUACCAAGCUGUUGUGUGGGAAAAGGUUUGGGAACAUUUUAGGAACCUUACCUCGUUUACUCCGGUUAAGGCUUAAAAUUAUUCUUAAGUGGUUUUUUUUUGUAAUGUAAGUGAAUUGAUGUACCAAAUUUCUUCGGUUGGUUUAGAGAAUAAAUUUAAUAAAGCCGGAGGUAUCUUUAUAAGUUUUAA